AUGCGCUACUCAGUGGCUCUCCUUGCGGCGGCCGCUGCCGUUGCGGCCCAUCCUAUCCAGCAGGAGUAUGCAUUUACCCCAAUGAUGGACUUCGAUCCUAAACCCCUUAAACCUAAAGAUGAUGAUCGUGACCGCCUUAUGUUGAGUGGCAUGAUUGCCCGCGACCCCGAAGCGGGAGAUGACAUUACCAAUGGUCCCCUCAUGGCCCGAGACGACGCUUGCCCUAUACCUGAGAAAAGCGAGUUUACCGUGCCUGAAGCCCGCGAUCAUCAUGAAGACGACGAGGGUAAGCCAAUCAGAGCCGCCACAAAGGAGGAGAAGGCUGCAAUCAAGCAGAAGAAGAAGGAUGAGACCCAGCCGAAGCAGAGCAUCGAGGAGGUCAAGACUACGCUCAACGACCUCUCCGUCGAGGACGAGGACGAGGAGAUUGCUCUCCGGAACAAGCUGACGGCCGAGUCCGAGGCCGAGAAGAAGGAGAAAGAGAAGAACGAGCUCAGGAAGAAGCUGACGGACGAGGCUGAGGCCGACGUCAAGGAGAAGGAGAAGCAUUCCCAGGCUUCCAAGGACAAUGCUGCCAAGGCCAAGGCCAAGGCUGACAGGGCCAAGGCCAGGCUUGACAAGAAGAGGCAGAAGAAGAAGGAGAAGAAGGAGCCCAAGAAACUUACCCAAGAAGAGCUAGAUAAAAUCUUGGAAAAGAGGGAGCCUGAGCCCGCCAAGAAGGACAAGAAGAAGAAGACCAAGGCUGAGGAAAGGGAGGAGAAGCACCAGGCCAAGGUUGAAGCGGCUGCCAAGGAAGCUGCCAAGGACGCUGCCAAGGACGUUGCCAAGAAGGGCAAGGACGACAAGUCUGAGAGGAAGUCGGAGAAGAAGACCACGGUGAAGUCCGAGGAGAAGAUUGAUGAGAAGAGUAUCACCAAGGACAAGAGGGCCCUUUCCAAGAAGGACAAGAAGAAGAAGAAGGGGAAGAAGGGGUCUGCCAAGGAGAAGGAGACUUCCAAGGUCAAGGAGACUUCCGAGGAGAAGGUGAAGGAGAAGGAAGACAAAGACUCUGCCAAGGACAAGGAAGCCGAUGACAAAAAAGACAAGGCUGAGGAGAAGGAGACUUCCAAGCUGAAGGAGACUUCUAAGGAGAAGGAGAAGGAGUCUUUCGAGGAGAAGGAAGCCGAUUCCAAGAAAGACAAGAGGGAAUUAGCUGCCAAGAAGAAGAAGAAGGAUGAUAAGGAGUCUUCCAAGGAGAAGGAGUCCGAGAAGGAGUCCGAGAAGGAGUCUGAGGAUGAAGACGAUGAUGAGGACGAGGACGAGGACGAGGACGAGGACGGCGAUGACAAUGAGGAGGUCGAGGAGAAGGAGAAGGAGACUGUCAAGAAGGAGAAGUCCAAAAAGAAGAAGGGCAAGUCCGAUGAGAAGGAGGACGAUGACGAUCUUGGCACGUUGAAGGUAAAAUAUCCUCCUCGCGACUUCAUCUACGCCCAUGAGAAUCAUCCUGACAUGGGACACAAGUUUGUUCGUGCCGACCCUCUGAGCAACGACCAUUUGCCAUACGACGCCAAGGUAAGAUACCCUCCUCGCAACUCUAUCUGCGCCUGUAAGAACCGUUCUGACAAGAGACACAAGGUUGUCCGCGAGGAUCCUCCCGACAAGGGCCGCAAGUUCAUCCGCGAGGACCCUCCUGAUAAGGGACGCAAAUUCAUCCGCGAGGACCCUCCUGACAAGGGACGCAAGUUCAUCCGUGAGGAUCCCCCCGAUAAGGGCCGCAAGUUUAUCCGCGAGGAUCCCCCCGACAAGGGCCGCAAGUUCAUUCGUGAAGAUCCUCCUGACAAGGGCCGCAAGUUCAUCCGCGAGGACCCUCCUGACAAGGGACGCAAGUUCAUCCGUGAAGAUCCCCCCGACAAGGGACGUAAAUACGUCCGUGAGGAUCCUCCUGACAAGGGCCGCAGGGUGAUUCGUUCCUUUUAA